AAAAAAAAAAAAAAAAUCGAGAAUUCGAUUAAAAAAUUUUUACGGAAAAAAAGUAUUAGGGUUAGGUUGUAAUCAAAAUGAGUGAUCCGCCUAAUAAUGAAUCUGAAUCCGAGCGUCAACAAAGUACUAUUCCUAUUAGUAAUCCAGCGUUACUUUCUUCUUCCCGUCGUACUGUAAGUUUUCCAAGUCCAUAUUACGAUUCAAUUUAUAAUCCACCCGUAACCGCAGAAAGUCAAGAAGCACAUGGGUAUAAUGAAGAAGAAAAUAUAAAUAAUUUUGAUACUUCAUUACACCCAAUCGAAGAAGAAGCUCAUCGACCUUUAGAUUCUGAUUUCUCAUCAUUUCCUAGAAGGAUAAAAAAGGGAACUUCACCUAGAUUUCUUAGACAUCGACAUCAAACUCAAUAUGGAACUCCACAUUCAUUUGCUUGGAGUGCUUUGAGAUAUUUUAAUGAAGGAUUAUCCGGGGGAACUCCUUCAUCUAUUCAUUCUGAGGAUGUUUUUCAAAGAAGUUUUAUGUAUGAUGAACCUGGUGUUAUAUCUCCUGGUGAAGGAAGUAUGUAUAGUGUUAUAAUGGAUGAUGGUUCAUUACAAAGAAGAAGAAUUUCUCUAACUUCGGAAUAUUCAAGGUACAAUACGGUUAACGAACAAACGGCAUUACUUCAUGAUCAAGAUAAUUCAGACUCUGAUGCUGAAGAUACGUACAAUAAUAAUAAAAAUCGACGUUAUACAUCAAAGUUUGAGAAAUUUAAAGCUUGGUUUUAUGAAGAUUUUUUUACACAAAGUACAAAGAAUAUAAUUAAAUGUGCAUUAGCAUAUUUUCUUGCAUCACUAUUUACUUUUAUUCCGAUAUUAAAUGAAAAAACGGGAUUAAAAGAAGCACAAAAUUCUCAUUUAGUAGCAUCAGUAGCAGUAUUUUUUAAUCCCGCUAAAACUGUUGGAGGAAUGUAUGAGGCAGUAAUGUUUUCUCUUAUAGGUGGAUUAUUUGGAUCUUUAAUUUGUAUUGGUAGUAUGGCUAGUGCUGUUUGGUUUGAUAAUAAUGGUCUUGAUACUAUCGGACGUAUCUUAGGUGUUGUAAUUUGGUGUGGUGGAAGUAUGUUUAUAGUAGCUUUUCUUAAGGCUAAACUAAAUAAACCUAAUUUUAACAGCGCAUGUUCUCUUGCAAAUAUUAUCAUAUUUGUAAUUGUAACAAAGGAAGGAUCACCUGAUUUAGCUAAUUUUUCAAUGGAUAAAAUUAUUCAAGUAACAAAAAUAAUUUUUUUUGGGAUAUGUAUAAGUUUCUUCGUUUCAGUAUGUGUUUGGCCUGUUAGUGCUAGUAAGAAAUUAAAGGUUGAGAUUGGGAAAACUUUAGGAUCAUUUCGUCUUCUUUUAAAACUUCUUACCAAAUCUUUCCUUAUCGAUGAUGUUAAUUAUACAGACGAAUCUGUUCAAUCUGCAAUUAAAUCAUAUCAAGCUACGUUCACAACACUGAAGGAAUGCCUUAAGCAAGCAUCAUAUGAAAUUCAUAAUAGGAAUAUGCAACGACAACUUGGACUUUAUCAAGAGACGAUCAAUAGUUUACAAAGAUUAGCACAAUAUUUGGGUGGUUUAAGAAGUUGUUGUGGAUUACAAUGGGAAAUUAUGAAAGAUGAUAAAACUAAAUACGGUAGUGGUUCAACUACUUUGAAUGAAAGUUUUGAUGGAUUAGGUGUGGAAGUAGAUGAUGAUGACGAAGAUGAAGAAUUUGUAGAUUUAGGAAAUUUAUUGGAAAUUAUUAGAUUUGUUGGACCAUCAAUGAAAUCUUUAGCAUAUACUUGUAAACAAACUAUUUCACAUCUUCAAGAUCAAUUUACCGUUACAUCAGCAUUUUCAAAAAUACCAUCAUUUACUUUACUUCAUCAAAACUUAAAAUCCGCACUGGAAUUAUUUGAAAAAUCACAAACAAAAUCACUUACAAAACUUUAUCGUAAAAAAACUAAUUAUGAUAAUAGACCAAAUGAAGAAGUUUUUUUAACAUAUUUUUUUGUAUUCAAUUUACAAGAAUUUGCAAGAGAAUUGGCAGAUUUGGUGGAUUUAGUUGAUCAUAUACAAAAAUUAGAUGCAAUAGAACAACGUAGAAGAGCAACGAGAAGAUGGUGGAAAUUUUGGCGUUAUUUUGGUUGCUUUACAAGUGAUAGUUCUCAUGACGCUAUGUUUAAUAAAAGUUUUGAUGAAAAAAUCAAAAAAAAAUUCCCUGAAAAUACGAAUAAUUUAUUUAAUACGAUUCAAACUCCGAUACCAAAAACUUUUGCGCAAAAGUUUACUAUUAAAAUGUGGAAAUCACUCACUUGGUUUAGACAAUUUGAAGUCAAAUAUGCUUUUAAAGCAGCUGUUAGUACUGCUAUUUUAGCUAGUCCCGCGUUUAUUGAGUCAACUAGAGAAUUAUUUUGGCAAUAUCGUGGUGAAUGGGCUUGUAUUUCAAUGAUGGUCGUGAUGGUACCAACAGUAGGAGGGGCAAAUCUUAUAGGAUUAUAUCGUGCAUGUGGAACAUUAUUUGGAUCAUUUCUCGCUUGGUUUAUUUACACACUCUUCCCUGAAAAUGCAAUUGUAAUGUCAAUUUUUGGAUUUUUUAUCGCCAUUGUAUGUUAUCAUUUCAUACUUUACUCGAAAUAUAAUCGUAUCGGAACAUUCGUUUUAUUAACGUAUAAUUUAGUAGCUUUAUAUAAAUUCAAUCUUCGAGAUUCUGAUCAACAAGAUCUUGAUAUUAUUGAUAUUGCAAGAUAUCGUGCGAUCGCAGUUGGUACAGGUAUAAUUUGGGGAGUUUAUGUAACAACAUAUUGGUGGCCAUAUGAAGCACGUGUAGAAUUACGAAAAGGAUUAAGUCAAUUAUUUAUUAACAUGAGUUGGUUAUAUAAUAGAUUAGUAGCUAUCUAUUCAAUUAAUCGAAAAGAUUAUGAUGAUGAUAAUAAUAAUACGGAUCAUCCAGUAAAUGUUUCACAAGCAUUAUCAAAAUCAGCCAGAGAAUUUAUAGAAAUGGAAUUAUUUUUACAAUUAUCAUUACUUAAACUUAGAGAAUUAUUAUCACAAACACCAAAUGAACCACGUAUGAAGGGACCAUUUCCAGUAAAAACCUAUAGUGAAAUUUUAAGUGGAUGUCAAAAUAUUUUAGAUAAAUUACUUUCAAUGAGAAUAGCGGUAACAAAACAAGAAUGGUAUACAUCAAUUCGAAGGGAUUUUAUUAUACCAGUAUCAAAAGAAAGAAAAGAUUUAGUAGGAAAUACUAUUUUAUAUUUUUAUAUUCUUGCAGCGGCUCUAAGAUUAAAAACACCCUUACCACCUUAUUUACCACCUGCUGAAAAAGCAAGAAAAAAAUUGAUUAAAAAAAUCAGAAAUCUUCCAGUUGUUAAAAAACGUGUUAUUGAAGGAAAUGAUGAACAUUAUAUCGUUUAUUAUGCUUAUGUUUUAGUCAUGGAAGAUAUAAUUAGAGAAUUAGAAAAAUUAGGUGGAAUUAUGAAAGAGUUAUUUGGUUGUAUAGGUAAUGAAGAAUUUGAUGAUUUUUUCAAUACUAAACGUGAAGCUAGCACUAGUGGUUUUGAUGAUAAUAUGGGUGUUGCUAAUACUUCGGUUCCACAACAAGAUGAACAAGAUGAUAACGUUAAUAACAACAUUUCAAGUACUGAUAAUAAUAAUAAUGUAGAAUCCGGAGCUUUUAUGAAUUCAUCUCAACCAACCGCUGUUUCACAAAAUGACGUACAUAACAAUCAAACAACUAAUUCGUAGAAAUUUUAUUAUUGUUAUAUAUUGUAUUAUAUAUUUUUAAAUAGGAAUAACAUUUUCUUGUAUUUUUUUUUUUAUUAUUAAGUUAUUAUAAAAAAAUUUUUUCGGCAUAUUAUAAAAAGUUGAAUAAAAAGACAGG